UCUAUCUUCUAUGAACCACUAACCAAGUCUUAGAGAGAUCAAAAUUCAAUCCCGUUCUGAGAAAAAAAAAAAAGAAAAAAAAAGAGGAGAGAAAUGACGUUAUUUGAAUGUGUGCCCAAAAUCCUUAAUGAAUAACUUAGGACGAGUAGGAGGCAAAUGCUGCCCCAGCUGUUUCCUGUUGAAAAUGUCUGUGUAAUGUAGAUAAAUGUGAGGGAUUUUCUCUCUAAAUCCGUCUCCUGUUCGCUAAAUCUCACUUCUCCAAAACGAGCCUGCGCAAUGGAACAAAGUCGGAAUAUUGAGAUGUGACAUUGCCCGCAUCUCAUCCUCUUUCUCCCCGUUUUUAAUGACUUCAAACAAGUUGAUUUUCGCCGGGCUUUGUCUUGCGGAGACCCGUGGGGAUGUCUGGCGCUCUUUCCUUUCAGUGGCAUUUAUGUGAUGUCUUCAAGAGUGCGAUGUGCUGUAUCUCCUGUAGCCACACCCUCUCACUACUGCUGUGCGUCCUCACCCUGACUCCGACGGCAACAGGGGCGGGCCCUGAGACCCUGUGCGGGGCGGAGCUGGUCGACACGCUGCAGUUUGUCUGUGGAGAGAGAGGCUUUUAUUUCAGUAAACCGGGCUAUGGCGCCAAUGCGCGGCGGUCCCGCGGCAUUGUGGACGAGUGCUGCUUCCAAAGCUGCGAGCUGCGGCGCCUGGAGAUGUACUGUGCACCUGCCAAGACUAGCAAGCCAGCUCGCUCUGUGCGCGCACAGCGCCACACAGACGUGCCAAGAGCACCAAAGGUUAGUACCGCAGGGCACAGAGUGGACAGAGGCUCAGAGCGUAGGACAGCACAGCAGCCAGACAAGACAAAAAACAAGAAGAGACCUUUACCUGGACAUAGUCACUCAUCCUUCAAGGAGGUGCAUCAGAAAAACUCAAGUCGAGGCAGCACGGGGGGCAAAAACUACCGAAUGUAGGAAAGCAGCCAAUGGACAAAUGCCUGUCGACUGGGGCAGGGAGAAGGGAGUGGCCUUACCUGGUGGCCCCAUGGAAUGGUUCACUGUAAAAACCGAGCAGGGCGGACACUAGCGGCGUCAGAUAGAAGCUUCAGAGAGCUAGACGCCGUUCUUUUCUACACUGCACCAUUCCAUAUGGGGAGGGAUUCUUCGUUAACAGACUAGAUUAGCUGCUGAGACACGAACAAGAGCUUAUUAUUACCUCCAAGCGUGAGCUGCAGCGUCCCCACUCCCACCCAAACUCACCCACCCCCACCCCCACCCCU